GUUUCUCUCUCGCUGUUAGCUCGGCUAACCUAAGUUAAGCUAGCUAGCAUAGCUUGAUCUCAGCUAACGUGCAAGGUAGGACUUUGUGUGUCGCUCAGCUACACGCACACACCUACCGAGUACGGACUGCCAGGGACGAACCGCCUCAAAGUACAGGGAUAUUAAAACUUCCCCGGCAAACUUGUGUUGGGAUGCACCAAUAGUAAGAUAUAAUGGUGAGAGCAGCCAUGUCAGAGGAGGCAGUGCGUCAAACACGCAGCCAGAAGCGGGCUCUGGAGAAGGACCAUGCAGGUCAUACUGGGUCUCCGGGGGACAUGGACAGUAAACGGGUUAAGCUAGAAAAAGGUGAUGCAGCUGGAGCUCCCAUGGCCCUGGUGGGGUCUGGAGCCGAGGGUGUCAAGCUGAAGAGUGAGCAGGCUGCAAAGGUAGCAGCCAGCAUCCUAAAAGCCGGGGAAGUGAAGGCCACUAUCAAGGUGGAGGUGCAGACUGGAGAUGAGCCUGUUGACAUGAGCACAUCCAAAAGUGACAUUAAGAAAGAGCGGCAGCCACCAUCACCAGAUGAUGUGAUUGUGUUAUCAGACAAUGAGCCAUCCAGUCCUCUCAUGAAUGGCCACUGCUUCGCAAAGGCUGACACAGACAAACUUAUGAAGAGUUCUCCUGAGGAGAGGGAGCGCAUCAUCAAACAGCUGAAGGAGGAACUUAGACUCCAAGAGGCCAAGUUGGUGCUGCUUAAGAAACUACGACAGAGCCAGAUUCAGAAGGAGAGCACUGUGCAGAAGGCAACUGGCUCUGUAGCCACUCCUCCUCCUCUGGUGAGAGGUAGCAUCACAUCAAGCAAAGGAUCCCUCCAGGUUACAGGCAGAAGCUCAGGCACAGUGAUCCCUCCUCCCUUGGUGCGGGGUGGGCAACACAUCCCGUCCAAACACAACUCUCAGAUUGUCAUGCCACCACUGGUCAGAGGGGCCCAGCCUAUUGCAAUGACUCCCCAGCAGAUAGCCAGUCUACGUCAGCAGCAGCAGCAACAGCACAGCGGUUCAGGCCCCCCGCCGCUUUUGCUGGCUCCCAGGGCUUCAGUGCCCAAUGUCCAGAUCCAAGGCCAGAGGAUCAUUCAGCAGGGACUCAUUCGGGUGGCUAAUGUGGCCAACAGUAAUGUCAUGGUCAACAUCCCUCAGGCCUCUCCAACCAGCCUAAAGGGCUCUUCAGUGUCACCCAACUCUAGCAUCAAUGAUUCCCCAGCCAGUCGACAGGCAGCUGCUAAGCUUGCGCUGCGUAAGCAGCUGGAGAAGACGCUGCUGGAGAUCCCGCCCCCUAAACCUCCUGCCCCAGAGUUCAACUUUCUGCCUUCAGCAGCCAAUAAUGAGUUCAUCUACUUGUUGGGGUUGGAGGAGGUGGUGCAAAAACUUCUGGAGAUGCACGGCAGGGGUAAUCUGGGCCCAGCUGCUGCCAUGGUCAGCUCCAUUCCCAAAGAGCCAUACACCUGCGCUCAGUGUAAGACGGACUUUACCUCCCGCUGGAGAAAGGAGAAGGCCGGGACCAUCCUCUGUGACCAAUGCAUGUCGUCCAAUCAGAAGAAGGCCCUGAAGGCAGAGCACACCAAUCGGCUGAAGGCGGCCUUUGUUAAGGCACUCCAACAGGAGCAGGAGAUUGAGCAGCGCAUCCUCCAGCAGGCAGCCUCCUCCUCAUCUUCCUCCUCUGUCUCUAAAACCACCUCGUCCUCCUCUCCCUCACUGUCCAAGAGUGAGAUGCUGGUGUCCCAGCAGUACAAGCAGGUCAGGGCUGCCAUGCAGCACAGAUCUGUGGCUGCCCACCACUCCUCCAUUAAGCAGAGUCAGCUGUCACACCUCCAGUCUUCAGUGAGCUCUCGUGGUAUGGCCCACGCAUUCACUUCCUCCUCUCAGCUGCAGUCUGCAGUUACAGCAGCAGCGCUGGGCAGCAGGUCAGGUAAGCAUGCUGCAGCACGCCCGCUGCAGCACGGGGCAAAGGUCAGCGCCAGCGGCAGCAGUAACCAGGGCAACGUGGCCACCUGGAGGAAGCAGAGCGGUGGCAAUACAGGUGUGACUAUGGCUUAUGUGAACCCCAGCUUGUCUGCCCACAAGACCACUUCUGCUGUCGAGCGUCAGCGAGAGUACCUGCUGGACAUGAUUCCCUCCCGUUCUAUCUCCCAAGCAGCCAACACAUGGAAAUAAUGCAAUCUUCCUCUCUACUGACAUCAUAACUAUUACCCCUCUUAAUAUCAAUAACAGCCAUUUUCAUUAUCAUUCUAAUCCUUUCUAUGGACUCUGCCUCUGGCCAAAAUGGUGCAGGGGAGAAUCGGCCUAGUUUUUUUUGGAUACAGGCGUUCCUUCACCUCUUCCUCAGAUAUUUCUGCUACCAUCUUCCUUACCUGAAUCCUUCCUCCUAAACUGGAGUUGUUGGGAUUGGGCUUCUGUGAUACAAGGAAUAUGUCAAAGCAUUUGGCUACCUUUUUUUGAGGGUUGGGGUUUACAUGGGCCUGUACAAUUUUACAAACUUGUCCAGUGAUGUUGCCUCUCCCUCCCUGUAUAUUGGUUGAACCUCCCAGUUGCACCAAGAGGAAAAAUCCCUGAGCUCCCCUGCCUCUGGAUUAGGCAGGGGAAAUAAUCACUAUUAUACACAAUAAAAUACUCGCCUUACGUCCUACCCCUCUCCAGUCUGAGCCAGUCAGACUCAGGUCCUUGUGGUGGCCGAACCGAACUUAACUGAAGACCUCAUCACAGGGACUGUGGUUGAGCUUUGAGGACCAUCCACAAAAUAAUAACUGCUUCAGCUUUGCAAAAAUGAAUAAUAAUUAAAAAAGGACUGUAAAAAUGAUCUUUAUCUGCACACAGACCGCCUCUUCUCUCUAACCCACAGCGUGUAUAGUAGAGAAGUUGAUGUGUGUUGGAUUAUUUUGUAUGGCUGAAUGUUAGGAUUUUGUCUUUUCUUCUAUAAGUCAUAUACUGUGUUUGGAAUAUUGUGCUCCCCGAUACUUUGGAAGUGGCCUAUUGUCGAGGUCUGAAUUUACAGGCUAAUGUUACUGUUGAGGUGGUUUUACAUCUGCUGGGUUCCAUGUCGUGGCCUACUUUUAAAUACUUUGUUUUUUCUAAGAUGAAGAGGAAAAAUAAAGACUAAGGUUUCACUGACUCAUGUAAAGACACAGAGCAUGAGCACGGAGGACUAUUCUUAUUGAAUAUUGUAAAAAAAACAACAAAAAAAAACAAAAAAAAAAACAAACCUUCCAAAGAACUAGUGGAGCCCAAAUGGAAUCCCUUCUGCUAGAAGGUUUCUAGUUUAUUUGAACCCUCUCUGGAUAUAAACAUGAAUUCAUGCUAAACUGAGGGGGUGUAAGGAAUGUCAUAUUUUUGACAUUGUUUUGCUUUUAGUCAUAGGUUGUGGUGCAUUAUUUUUCUUCUAUAGACAAACUGUCUCUGGGUUUAUUUAUAGGGUCAUGUUAGUAAAGAUAUAUGCUUAUGCCCUAAGUUUGAAUGGAUCCACUUAAAAUGAUUUGUUUUCUCUUGUGUGUCCAGUGGCUCCCACUCACCUUACGAUUGGUCUGAGAGAAGCUGGACAGCUUUCAGAAUGUAGUUAUGCAAAAACCCCUAUAGCAACAAAAUGACAUGAACUUCUUAGUCUUUAACAUUAAGGUGUGUAUGAUUUAUGUCAGGUCCUUGAAUUGAGCUAACUAUGCCUUUCACAUGAGCUCUAGUGCAUUUUUAUCAGGUUGCAGCAGCACAGGAUAAGCUAGUGAAGUACCAUGUCCUACAUUAAACAGGAAUUCCCAUUGCUCGUUGAGUUAUUUUAUUAACCAUGUGCUGUUCUCUUUCAAUUCAGUCACUGGGGUGGUCCGGUUUCUCUACCAUUCAGAGAUUGCUUUAAUCAGACAUGUCUGUGGCCUAUUGGAAAAUUUCACAAGAUUAAAGAUUAAAAAUAUUGAUGUGUUGAAUUUAAGCAGCAAAAAAAAGGGUGAAACGUCACAUGCAUAUUUCAAACUCUCGAUUCAUUUAUGUUUAAAAAACCAAGAGUCUGACCACCCCAGCAGUUAUUUUCUCAAUAUCCUGUAUCUGUCCCAUUUUUAAAUCGUUUUCACAUUGAAACAAUAGUGAUGACGAGCUCAUCGCUAUGAAAUUAAAAACCUGGAGUCUUGCUGGCCUGUUUGGAUUUGAGUCCUUUAUCCAGAGUGCACUCUUAAGCUCAAUGAUUAUUGUCAGGCUCCAUACUGAAAGAUGGUGCACUGCAUUAGGUAACUGGGCAUCAGUUGAAGUUUAUCCCUCUCUACUGGGGUAUCAUCACUGUACAUUUGGGUUUCAUUUAGGAUGGUGCAACAAUAAAGUAUGAACGUUGCUGAUAGAAAUACAAACAUACAAAGUUUAAGUUAAAUCGCUCGAGAUGUUGUAUUUCUGUCUUUAAAGUUGCAUCGGAAAUCUUCCAGGUUGUCUGUACAUUCCUGACAGGCAGAAGGUAGCAGCCCGCGUCUUGUGGAUGCAAAAUAAGCAAUCUGGAAUGAGCCCAUCAUUUUGUGCCCUGCUAAGUGUAACCCUGUGCUGUCCUGACUACUGCCUGCUGCUGCUGCUGCUGUUUGACAACAAUAUCACCAUUCCGUUUGUUUGGGUCUGAAGCUCUGCUAAAUGCAGUGCAGCCCAAAUGGAAAAGAAAACAAUGUAUGAGAAAUAUUUGUUUGUUUUUUUGGAUUUUUUCUGCUCUAUCAAAUAAUAAAACUAAUUUUAACCCCUC